CAACGUAAAAUGUUCUGCGAGGCGUUUUAACUCCUGCCUUUAUUUCUGACGAUUUUUCUAUUCCGGUCAUGGCUUUUCUUUUUAAACUACUUACCCUCUUGGCAGUGGCCGCCAUUUUUAUCCAAAUGACACUUGCACUGGAGUUUAUGGAUGAAGACUUCCUGGCCAACGAUGAUGGUCAUCACUUGGACGAAGAGUCCGCAGAAGUGCCUGCAAUUUUGACUGGUUAUACCAGGGAUACGAUCGCUCACUUUAAUCCUCGCAAAGUAGAUGGGGGAUUUCGACAAUUGUGGGAACGUGUUCCUCUCCAAAAAGUCGAUGAUAUUAAGCGAAGAUAGGAAUACUUACUCAUUCCUUAUACUUGAUACUCCAAAUGAUUACGUACAAUGUGAAUAAUAUUUAAAAAACACCAUUUUCAUCAACUUUUUUUUUGACUAUGCUAUUUAUGAUAUUAUUUUAAAUGAAAAGCUUAAGAAAACAUUAAACAUGUCAACUAAUAUUUAUUAUAUACAUUUUAAUCGUACUAGGUGGUUGGAAUGCUUGAAGCCUAUAUUAAA